AUGGAAGGGUUUGAAUCGAACGGUAGUGAUGCAUCAAACAUUCCAAAAGACCGUAUCUUUAGCAGGAUCCGCGUUGAGGGAUAUGAUACUUCGAUUUAUGAGUAUGAUCUCGAGCUCGCGUUGACAAAACAUUUCUCUUCAUGCGGAGAGAUCUCACAUAUUUAUAUUCCCAGAAACUUUGAAAAGGGUAUCCUCAAGAGCUUUGCCUUCGUUGACUUUGCCACAGAAGGUGCCGUAGAGAAGGCGUUGAACCUUAGUCGAAGUGCCGUCGAGGGAGGAUGGCGUGUAUUCGCUGAGGAGUCACCGUUUAAUGGAGACUACAUUGAUCCUGGAUGGGCUGAUGUGUCAUUCAAACACUUCAGUUCAGAACGCACGAUGAUAGUUUCGGGAUAUGACACUUCGCUCCCUGAGAUUGAUCUCCAGAUCGGGCUGAGUAAACAUUUCUCUUCAUGUGGAGAGGUCACCGGUGUUGACAUUCUCCCCACCUGCAGGAAAGCUAUCAUUUCUAUUCGGGAAGAAGGAGCAGCAGAAAAGGCCCUCGAACUUAGUGGACGUGACAUGGGAGGAUGGAACAUUACAGUUGAGUGUGUCAUGCCGCCAAUGGACUCGGAAAAAAAUUUCCCAACAUCCAAUCGUGCUCCACCCUCCAUACUUGGCAUUAUGAAGAAGAUGAAGAAGAAGAUGAAGAAGAAGAUGAAUAAGAAGACUACCGAUUAGAAUUCUCUCUCUUGGGAUUAGGAGCAGACUAAGCUCUUUGGUUGGUGUUUUAAACUUAUUGUGACGAUACACCAAAAACGCAGCCUCUUUUCUUUCUUUUUCAUCACUCUUUUGUUUUUGUCUGGAUGUUGACAGCAAUAAUCAUUAUCAGCCUUGGUUAUUUACCUUAGAGUAUUGGAUAAUGAAGAAAUUAUCUCUAUA